AUGGUCGUUCUCGCCGCGUCCAUCUGCACCCGAAGCGGGAAGCCGCUGCUUUCUCGACAGUUCCGCCCUAUCCCGCGCUCGCGCAUCGACGGCCUGCUUGCGUCGUUCCCCAAGCUCAUCCCCGCCAACUCGCAACACACGACGGUCGAGACGAACGAUGUGCGUUUUGUGUACCAGCCGUUCGAGGAGCUGUUUGUGCUCUUGAUCACCAACAAGGGAAGCAACAUCCUGCAGGACAUCAACACGCUUCAGCUGGUGGUGCGCCUCAUUUCGUCACUCACGCCCUCCAUGACCGAGGCAGCGAUCCUUCACCACGCGUUCGACCUGCUGUGUGCGUUUGACGAGGUUGUCUCGCUUGGCUACAAGGAGAACGUGUCCCUGCAACAGGUGCGGAGCGUACUCGAGGGCGAGUCGCACGAGGAGAAGAUCCAGGAGAUCAUCGCGCGCAACAAGGAGGCCGAGGCAAAGGAGGAGCUCAAGCGCCGCGCCAAGCAGCUCGAGAUGCAGCGCCGCGAGCAGCAGCGCAAUGCGCAGGCGUCGCGCCACGGAAGCGGCAUGGGGGGGAUGGGCGGGGGUUACGGCGGCAUGGCUGGCGGAUACGCGCCUGUGGCGUCAACUCCGCGCUUCGAGGCACCACAGCAGGAGUACCGCACACCAUCCCCAGCACCAGCUACGUCCAAGCCCGUGUUCAAGGGCAGCGGUAUGAAGCUCGGCAAGAAGGGCCGCCAGAACGACCUCAUGUCGGCGCUCGGUCACGAGGUUGAGCUCGAGCCGGAGCCGGAGCCGGAGCUAGAGCCAGAGCCAGAGCCGGAGGUCGCCGUGUCGGCGGACGUCCUGGACAAGGUGGAGCAGGAGAGCGUGCACGUCACGAUCAAGGAGGAGCUGUCGGUUACGAUGCACCGCGACGGGGGGCUGGAGAACUUUGAGCUGAAAGGCGACCUGGACCUGCGCAUCUCUGAGGCCGACUACGCCAAGCUCAAGCUCACGCUCACGCCCAACGACUACUCGGACCUGCAAUUCCGGCAGCACCCCAACGUCGCCAAGUUUGCGCCCAAGGGCGACAAGGUCAUUGCGCUCAAGGACGCGAGCCGCUCCUUCCCAGUCGGGCAGGGACUCAAGGUCCUUCGCUGGAGAUUGGCGUCCAAGGACGAGAGCAACGUGCCUAUUACUGUGACGGUCUGGCCUCAAGGCCGCGGUGACGGUACCUCGGACGUUGCGGUCGAGUACGAGCUCGAGGCGCAGCACCUGACGAUCCGCAACCUCGUCAUCUCGAUCCCCAUUCCACCCAACGCCCUCCCCGUUGUCGCAGACCCAGAUGUCAACUGGAGCGCGGACCGCGGCGCGUUCACGUGGACGAUCGACGAGGUCGACGCCGACUCGCCGAACGGCUCCCUCGAGUUCCACUGCGACGGCGACGGCGACGCCUUCUUCCCCGUCAACGUUGGGUUUGCGGCCGCCGGCUCGCUUGCCAACGUCGACGUUGCGAGCGCUGAGCUCCUCGCUGGCGGCGACGUCACCUUCUCGCAGGAGAAGGUGCUCACGGUUGACAAGUAUGAGAUUGUCUAA